CGCUACAAGCGCGACACUCUCGGCAUGGUUUGCUUCGUGAAUAUUUCUGGUUUUUGUUUUGGCGGCGAAAUAGUGUUGCACAUAAUCUCACGCACAGUUUGUUAUACUUGUAUCGGGUGCAAUGCACAUGUCUGAAUGAGACUUUGUUGCUCACCAGCGUUUCGUUUCGUUGCAACACAGCUCCACACACAAAAUGGCAUUAUUUGGUGUGCAAAUCGUGAUAACAAUGGUCAUGGCAAGCGUCCUCCAAAAGACGUCGGUUCGAUUUUCCCUUUCAAGAUGGAUCAUCUGCAAAAGGCUUGUCCGAUACCUACAUCCAUCCGAUGAAGAGCUCAAGUCUUUAGCAGGGAUUUCUGGGAAACCUUUCAAAGGGAAAGGGAAGAGAGACAGAGGAAGGGAUAGAUAUCGAAAUGGAAGCGUGAAGGACGGAAAAGACCAUGAGGAAUUUUUAGUUCCAAAGAGCUUGCACGUUGAAUUGGACGUGGCAGCAGUCGACGUGGCAGAGCUCGUGCAGCUGCGCUUUUACACGGAGUACCAGUGGCUGUUAGAUUUUGCUGGUUAUGCCUUUGUCGUCUAUCUCCUCACUGAAGCCUACUACUUCCUGUUGCCUGGGAGAAACGAAUUCAACCUCAGUCUCAUCUGGUGUCUCCUGGUACUUGGCUUUGCGAUAAAAGUCUUGUUUUCACUGACGGCACUCUAUUUUCGCGGAGAAGAGCCCAUUGGGGAACGAUCGCUCUGCCUCAUGUCUGGCUUUUUCUUUUUUGUCCUCGCCAUGGUCGUCCUUGUUGCUGACGAAGAAUUUCUUGAGUUUGGCCUCGUUAAAGCUUACCAAAGUUUCAAUGAAAGUUCAUAUCAGUUUCUCAAGACACAAGGCUUGAACUCAAGUGGGCCAGCAUCCCAUCUGAUGUUCAAGUUCUUCCUGGCACUGUGGGCAGGAUUUGUCGGAGCUUUCUUCGCGUUUCCUGGUCUGCGAUUUGCCAGGAUGCACAGCGACGCGUUCAAGUACUGCGAGGAACGGCCUUUCCUAAAGGUUGCGCUGCACAUGAGCUUUGUGGCCCCCCUGUUUGUAGUCUUGCUCUGGGUGAAGCCCAUAGCACGUGCCUACUUCACGCAGAGGACGUUUCCUGGAAUGAAGGGCACCUUGCUUACAGACGAUUCAUUCGAGACAACGCGCAUUGUGUGUGUGUUAGCAGUGGUGCUCAUGCGACUACUACUGAUGCCGCGCUACCUCCAGUCGUAUCUCAAUUUAGCGCCCGAGAAACUGUCUGAGCUCCGCAAGGAGGCGGGGCGUAUUACUAAUAUUGAACUUCAAAAGAAGGUUGCAAGGGUGUUCUACUACUUGUGUGUUGUAGCACUGCAGUAUAUGACUCCUCUGCUCACAUGUGCAUUUACAGCUUGUCUUCUGAAGACUUUAGGUGAAUACAGUUGGACAUCGUACUUGUGGCCAACCGCAGCCGCCAAUACAACACCCUCAUUACAUCAGCACAUACAGCGACAGAGUUCAGCCGCGCACAUGUCAGCCGACGCGGAAUCCAUUUUGAAGACCAGUGAACAGUUCUCGCUCACCCUGACUGGACUCCGUGCUGUGUUCACGCCAGUGCUCUUUCGUGGACUUCUAGGUUUCAUGACGUGGUGGCUUUGCGCUGUGUACUUUGCUAUCAGUGCCAUUGGACUGGUUUAUCAUUCGUACAGCAUCUAGACAGGGCUUCAGGAGGAGAGCUAGGGUCUUAGCGAAUGUGCAACAAGCGGAUUAGGGUGAAUAAUGGCAUGGCUCUUCCUUGCAGUGGCCCACAGAUUAGACAUAAAGAGGACCGUAGUUAUGUUGGUCCUCACCGUUUGAUUGAUAGAAAUUUAAAAUCGUCCUUUGGAAUGGUAGGUUUUUUUCUGUUUCCCCUGUGUAUUAUUAGAGCCUGAAGUAUUCGGGAAAUAUUUUUUCCUACAUUCGGGGGGUAAAAAUCAGGUAAAUAAACGUGCGCACUAAAUUCAUGCAAAUUCGGGUGAAAAAAACUUCCAGUACGCUAAAUUCGGGCAGAAAUCUGGCUCAGUUAUUCAUAUUAACUGUAGCAGUUUGGUACAAACGGUGAUGUGACUGCAUUUUUCUGCCAAACAAGUAAGUUUGUGCAUUCCUACAGACAUCCCAGUGAGGGCAAUUCGCCGGGUAAAAACCGGGUUUCACCCUAAAGAGGCAACCUUCAAUUCGGGGUGCAAAUUCGGGGAAGAAUCGGGUAAAACCCUAAAACUUCAGGCUCUAUGUAUUAUGUGGUACACCUGAGAGGAUUAGUCGGCAUGUUUUUUACCCGUUGCCUUCACAUCACCGUAUUUAUGUUACACGUGUACAUUUAGGUAUGUGGCUGGCACACACAGUGUGAUCGUGUGGGAGAGGAAUGAGUUGCAAAAUUGGCGCUCUUCAGUUCCGAUGAAUAUAUUCAACUUUUCUGAAAAAAUACUGAUUGCAGUAAUGCACAAGAGGUUGCACAAAAACGGGUUUUACCCUCAAACGCAGGGUCCUAUGUGUAGACCGUUGUUCACUUCAUUUUAGUUGUUCAGUUAUGGUUUGAAAUCGUCCAAUCUGUAUGAGACUGUCACUUUAAUGUAGGGUAGGAAUAUGAAGAAUUAUGCGAAUAGUUACAUAAAUAUCAGUACCUUUCUUGUGCACAGCUGCAAGUGCUGGCCCAAGAUGUAUUCCUUUAACUGAUGCAUUGUUUGUCCUAUAUGUGAUUUAUUUAUGUAGUUCUUUCUAGUGCUACCUGGAAAACUGUACUUCCAGCCAUCCCAACCAUGCCAUUAUCACCUUGUCUGUUGCCUUUUCUGAAAAGGAGUGUUUUAUUAAAUUAUAUUUCAAAUUUU